AUGGAUAUCAAAUGUCUCCAUUUUCUCUCUCUAUAUCUAAAUCUAACUCUUUCUCUCUUCUUUAUCUCAAGAGCUGCUUUUACACCCCAAGAUAAUUACCUCGUGAACUGUGGAUCAAGUACAAGUAAUAUUGCAAUUGAUAACCGAAUUUUUUAUGGGGAUUCAUCAAAGAAUGGCACAAAUUAUUUGUCGAAAGGUAAAUCAACUUCUCUCACAAAUCCAAACCCAACUUCCAAUUAUUCUGUACUUUACACGACAGCUAGAGUUUUCACUUCUGCUUCAAGCUAUGUGUUCCACAUCAAGAAAACUGGGACCCAUUUUGUACGUCUCCAUUUUUCUCCAUUCAGUUCUCAGAAUUAUGAUCUCAAGAAUGCAAAUUUUGGGGUUUCAGCAAAUGGGUUUACUCUUUUGGGUGAUUUUGUGACUAAAUUUACGAUCAUUAAGGAGUUUAUUUUGAUGGUAGAUAAAUUAGAGCUUGAAAUUCUGUUCAUGCCUGUUAAUGAUUCCAGUUUUGCAUUUGUGAAUGGAAUUGAAGUGUUAUCUGCAUCCAAAGAUUUCCUUAUUGAUGCUGGUGAGAUAGCAUUGAUUAGCCCUAGUGGAACUCGAGAAUUCAAGCAGAAUAUUUCUUUGCAAAUUUUAGAAACUGUUCAUAGGAUUAAUGUUGGAGGAUCAAAAAUAACCCCUUUUAAUGACACCCUUUGGAGAAGUUGGGUUCCGGAUGAAGAUUUUCUUGUGUUGAAAUCUGCAGCUAAGUUUGCAAGGACUAGUGAUCCACCCAAUUACCAACGGGGUGGGGCAACUCGAGAAAUCGCCCCGGAUAAUGUAUACAUGACUGCACAGCAAAUGAAUGUUGAAAAUGGAACUUUGAAUUUUAUGUUCAAUGUGACGUGGGAUUUCCCGGUGAGAUCUUCUGUGGAUGAUAUGCAUUUUGUUCGAUUGCAUUUCUGCGAUAUUGUUAGUGUUUCUCUUAACACAUUGUACUUCAAUGUAUAUAUCAAUGGGAUCACUGCGUAUAAAGAUCUUGAUUUGUCUUCGCUUGCAUUUCACCUGCUUGCAUCACCUUAUUAUAUUGAUUUUGUAGUGAAAAGUGCAGAUAAUUCGAACUUUAUUCGGAUUAGUAUUGGUCCUUCUCAAAUGAGUAAUUCUUUGAGGAAGAAUGCUAUUUUGAAUGGGGUUGAGAUCAUGAAAAUAGUUAGUUCUGCACCUCCUCCUAGGAAAUCUAAGAAGAAUAGUUUUUGGAUAUUGGUAGGUUCAGUUGUUGGAGGGAUUUUUGCAUUGAGUUUAGCCAUUCUUGCAGUUUUAGCUAUGCUGAAAUGCAAAAAGAGAAAACCUAUACCAAAACCAAGACAUAUGGAAAGUGCGGGUUGGACUCCGUUGCGUGUGUAUGGAGUCAGCACCCACGGCACAUUAUCUGAAGCAACUGCCUUUUCUCCUAGUGCAAAUGGAUAUUACGCUUUAAAGAUUCCAUUCACUGAUAUACAGUUGGCAACAAAUAACUUCGACAAGGAUUUGAUAAUUGGCUCGGGUGGAUUUGGCACGGUCUACAAAGGGGUUUUUCGAGAUAAUGCAAAGAUUCAAGUAAAUGAAAGGCCGCAAGAACUUCAUGAGGAAACAAUUGUUGCUUCUGAUGAUCUCACGAUGCAUAGAGUCAUUCCAGGAGCUCCCUCGAGUAGCACCAAGAUCAAGAAUCAUACAGCAGAAGAAACAGUCUCCACUAUAAUCAAAACUCUGCCUGGCAAACUUGUUGAGGACUUCUACACAUAG